UUCAAAAGAACCCAGCUUUCUCUCCGGCCGCGCGUCCCUCCAAUCUGGAUCGGCAUAAAUGAAUGAAACACAAGGGAAUAUCGACAGACAACCGCACAGGAAAACUCUCUGUCAAAGCAGCCUGUCAGGAGGAAUUUAUACUGGACUUGACAGGCAAUUCAACAUGAGUUUUUUCCUCUGGAACUUCAUCUCAAGCUUGUCAAAUGCGUAAAGCGGCGACCGGUGUCUUUUUUUGCCCCCCUUGCAAAGGAGUCACGCUGUGAUUAAAGGAUCAGGUUUUUGACUGCCAGGACAAAUGAAUACAAAUGAAUUUAGGCACCCGAAGGAGAGAUUGCAGAACCUCUCAUCUAGACACAAAGAGAGCCCUAUUGCUCUGUACCAUUUUAUACUGUACUUGUUACCUGGGACUUACACAAGUACACUCUGAAGAUGUGGACAUUCUCCAAAAGUUGGGGCUUAAGGGAGAGAGGACGUCACGUGCUGUGCCGGCAGGGGUCAUUCCAUUCAGAUCGGGGAUCAUCCUCAACCAGCGGGCGCAUGUUGAGGCUCCAUUGCGCUCAGUCUUUCCUCCGGCCAUCUGGCCUAACCUGGCACUAGUCCUGAGUGUACGCUCACACCGUGUCAACAGUGCUUUCCUCUUCACCUUGCUCUCAGACCACAAGAAGCUUCUUCUUGGUCUACAACUUGUACCGGGAAACCUGGUCCUACACACAGGGCCAAAUACCUCUGUGGCACUGCCCUAUGAGCCCCAUGAUGGCCAGUGGCACCAGCUGGCACUGGGAAUUAAUGGCCAGAGAGUGACUCUAUAUGCCUCCUGCGGAGAGCAGAGUGUUCAUGCAGACUUUGGGUGGGACAGUGAAGAGGGGCUAGCUCCAGAGCUCCAUGGCUCGCUCCUGCUGGGGAGGACAAACCAGCAGCAAGCUUCAGCACACUUUGAAGGAGCCAUUUGCCAGUUUGAUCUGGUCCCUUCUGCACAGGCAGCUCACAACUAUUGCAGGUACAUUAAGAAACAGUGCAGGGAAGCUGACACAUACAGGCCUAACCUUUCUCCAUUGCUGCCCAUUGUACCAAGAGAAAAAAACAUCACAGCUACUGUGGCUACCCCUAAACGUGGUGGCCCAAUAACUGCCAGAAAAACCACAGGGUUGAGUCUUGCCAAGAGUGUUGCCGCUGCUGCCUCAGCUGUCAGAUAUGUGGCCCCCACCCAAACAAUUAAACCAAAUCAAGGGACCAUUCCUACACCCCUUCUGGGAACUGUGAUACCAGCUACAGACCAGCUUGGUUUGGUUUCACCACCUCCCAAGACCAGAACCAUCACUGUCACAACACCACUCAGGACAGGAGCAACACCCACGAAACCAUCAACCCCAAGACCCUCCAGUCCUAAAGCUUCAAAUCAGAAACCUGCUAAACCCACUCCAUCAAAACCCAGUCCAUCAAAAUCCACUCCAUCAAAACCCAGUCCAUCAAAAUCCACUCCAUCAAAACCCAGUCUGUCACAAUCCACUCCGUCAAAACCCACUCCGUCAAAACCCACUCCGUCAAAGCCCACUCCUCAAAACAGCCAAAAAAAUACACGUGUAGGACCAGACAAUUCAAAGAAACCUACUAUACCAUCCACUACCAGCACCAAACUUUCCAAGACAAAGCCUGAGCCUGCGUUAUUAGGUCAAGGUACAGUCCCAAAGAAACUACAACCCACCACAACCAAUAAAACAUCUCCCAAGCCUAAAGUUACAUCAUCCAAAGCCACUCCGUCCAAACCCAAAUCAAAUUCUGUCAAAGCUGUUCCUUCUCAACCAACAAUAUCCAAGGUCAACCCCUCAAAACCAGCAGUGCCUAAAACUACAACUGCUAAAACCUCUAAGCCAGCUUCCAAAGCAAUUACCAAACCAACAAAGCAAGCCAUAACUACCAAAUCUUCAGUCACCCCACGACCUACUAAGCCUUCAUACAACCCAGUAACACCACCUGCUACUGAUGGCUUCCAGAGCUGGGAGGUGCCACCUACGCAGUUCUCCUUGCUGACAGGAUCUAAGGGAGAAAAAGGAGAUGCAGGCCCGCCGGGACUUCAUGGACCUCCAGGGAAGCCAGGCCUCCCAGGCAAGAGGGGUCCUCGGGGCCCCCCUGGUCCUCAUGGAAAUCCUGGGAGACCUGGUCCACCUGGACUCAAGGGAAAUAAAGGUGACCCUGGCAUUUCACCUGGGCCAGCACCCAAGGGAGAGAAGGGAGACUCAGGGAUUAUUGGCCCAGUUGGAAUGAUGGGCCAGCCAGGUCGAAAGGGACAGAAAGGUUUUCCUGGUCCACCUGGACUCCCUGGAGAGCCUGGCGAGCAAGGUCCAGUUGGAAGCCCAGGUGCCAAAGGUUAUCCUGGCAGGCAGGGUUUACCUGGGCCUAUAGGACCAAUGGGGCCUAAAGGCGUUCGGGGUUUCAUUGGAAUCCCUGGCCUUUUUGGCCUGCCUGGGCCUGAUGGCGAAAGAGGUAUGCCCGGCGAACCAGGGAAGAGGGGCAAGAUGGGUAGGCCGGGAUUUCCAGGGGACUUUGGGGAGAGAGGACCACCUGGGCCAGAUGGAGAGCCAGGUGACAUGGGAGCCCCCGGUCCAAACGGAGUUCCUGGACUUAUUGGUGAUAUGGGACCUGUGGGACAGAUUGGCCCUCCGGGGCCUACUGGACUGAAGGGGGUGCCUGGAAAUCCAGGAGAACCAGGACUGAAAGGUGAUAAGGGUGAAAUUGGGAUUCCUGGCGAGCAAGGGGAGAUUGGAUACAAAGGAGACAAGGGCAUCCAGGGGGAGCCAGGUUUACCAGGCAUCCAUGGGAAACCAGGACCACAGGGCAAGCCAGGAGAGAAGGGUCCCGAUGGUGCACCCGGACCUCCGGGCCCUGAAGGUUUCCCUGGUGACAUGGGACCACCAGGAGAGAAUGGCCUUGAAGGACCAAAGGGAAAACUAGGGGCCAGAGGUUUACCAGGCCCACGAGGGAUUCCUGGCUUGGAGGGAGACGAGGGCCCAAUUGGACCACCGGGCCCAACAGGACUUGAGGGCAGAAUGGGCAGAAAAGGGUUCCCUGGGAAAGUUGGGCCAGAGGGAGAUAAGGGAGAGCCCGGCAUCACUGGAAAUGUUGGACCCACGGGAGAGAGAGGCUUGGUGGGCUUUAUUGGGCCUGUGGGAGAGGCAGGACUGGCAGGAGAGAAGGGAGAUCGAGGGGAGAUGGGUCUUCCUGGACCACCUGGAGAAAAGGGACCGACGGGUCACCCCGGGGCACCGGGUGAGGUCGGACCUACCGGACCUCUGGGAAGACCAGGCCCUCCUGGAGCUACUGGGCCAGCUGGUACCAGAGGGCCUAAAGGCUUGCGGGGAGCGAAAGGGCCUGAUGGUCCGACCGGAGAGAUGGGGUCAGAGGGCAAGAAGGGCCCUGAUGGUCCUCCAGGAAAAAUAGGUUUCCCUGGACCACAGGGAAAGCUGGGAGAGUCAGGAGAAACCGGGCCUAAAGGUUUUCCUGGUAUCCAGGGGCCUUCUGGAUCUCCAGGGGACAAGGGAAUAGCGGGCGAGCCAGGACAACCAGGGCCACGUGGGACUAUUGGACCUUUAGGAGAAAUUGGUCAAAAGGGUCCUCCAGGAAAAGUGGGUGAAACAGGACUGCCAGGCGAGCCAGGGGAGAAGGGAGCCAUUGGACUUCCCGGGAAUAUUGGAGAGCAGGGACUAAUAGGACAGCGGGGAGAGCCAGGCCUAGAGGGAGAAGUUGGUCCAGCUGGUCCUGAUGGAACCAAGGGGGAAAAGGGUGACAUGGGUCAGGAGGGUGACAAAGGAGAAAAAGGUGAAACUGGACAAAAGGGAAAGGAGGGCCCACCUGGAAGUCCUGGAUUCACUGGUGUCAGGGGUCCAGAAGGGAAACCUGGCAAAAUUGGGGAACGAGGCAAACCAGGGCUAAAGGGUGCCAAAGGUAAUCAAGGUUAUCUUGGCGAGACUGGACCAGUGGGGAAGACUGGCCCACCAGGUUUUGUUGGGCCAAAGGGUUCAAGAGGAACUAUUGGACAUGUGGGUGCUCCUGGUCGAAUGGGUCAACAGGGGGAGCCUGGUCUUACAGGUUAUGAGGGCCAUCAGGGACCACAAGGCCCCAUAGGGCCUCCAGGACCAAAAGGGGAAAAGGGUGAGCAGGGGGAUGAUGGAAAGGUAGAGGGUCCUCCCGGUCCUCCAGGUGACAUAGGACCUCCAGGCGACAGAGGAGAAAGAGGGGAAUCAGGAGAUCCUGGAUACAAAGGUCAAAUCGGUGUGGAUGGUGAGCGGGGUAGACCUGGCGCUCCUGGACCACCAGGACAUCCUGGACCUCGAGGGCAGCAAGGGCCCAAAGGGGCCAAAGGAGAUCAAGGUCAGAAAGGCAAACAGGGUCAGUCAGGACCAAAAGGAGCCAGAGGAUCGGAAGGUGUAGGUGGUCCUCCUGGUCCGAGAGGUGUGGUGGGCCGAGAGGGGCAGGAGGGUGUACCUGGGAUGGAUGGAGUUCAAGGAAAAGAUGGCAGUAAAGGAAUGCCGGGAGAGCAUGGUGAUGAUGGGGAGGCUGGUCUUCCUGGUAAAGCUGGCUCACGUGGUAAAACUGGCGUUCCAGGACUCCCAGGAGAUCAGGGGGCCAUUGGACCAAAGGGUGAGCGGGGUCUUCCAGGUCAGAGUGGACCUCCAGGAAAAAGAGGCUUCAAAGGUGGAACGGGAUUGCCAGGGCUGCAGGGCGAUAAAGGACCUAAAGGACAACCUGGUGACACAGGAGAACCAGGUUUUCCAGGGAUUCUGGGACAUUUUGGACCAAGGGGGCCUCCAGGAGACUUUGGGCCAAAGGGCAUACGGGGACCUAAAGGGCCCCAGGGAUCAGUGGGUAGACGAGGAGUUGUUGGUCCUGUGGGAAUUAUUGGUCCCAGUGGAAGAGUAGGUCCUCGUGGACAGAAAGGCAAUCGUGGCGAACCUGGAGUGCAAGGUCCAAGGGGAUCUCCUGGACCUCGUGGACCCCCUGGACGUCCAGGUCCUCCGGGUGUCCCUCUGUCAUUUAAAGAAGAUGGUGUAUUGUUUGGGGAUUUACCCACCCCACUCAGGACUGAGAAUAAGCCUGUGAUGGACCUGCCGAUGCUGGACCAAGGUGCAGAGAUCUCCAAGACCCUCCACUACCUCAGGAACCUGAUCCAGAGCCUCAAGAACCCACUCGGCACUCGGGACAACCCUGCACGUAUCUGUAGGGACCUGCACAGCUGUGAACAGAAGUUAAAUGAUGGCACUUACUGGAUUGACCCCAACCUAGGUUGCAUGUCAGAUACAAUAGAAGUCUCCUGCAAUUUUACCGGAGGUGGACAGACUUGCCUGAAACCAGUAACAGUGUCCAAGCCAACAAUCAGUGUCGGUCCCGUCCAGAUGAACUUCCUGCACCUGCUAAGCUCAGAGGCCGUGCAGCACAUCAUCAUCCACUGCCUGGAUGUCUCCAUUUGGAGGUCAGCUGAGGAUCAGCCUGUUGCCACAGGGUCUGUGAAAUUCAAGGCCUGGAGUGGGGAGGUGUUUGAGGUGGGAGGAGAGCUGGAGCCAGACGUCUUGGAGGAUUCCUGCUGGUUAAAAGAUGGACGCUGGCACCAGACACAUUUUGUAUUCCAUUCCCUGGACCCCACCCUUCUCCCUGUGGUCGACGUCUACAACUUCCCAAAAGCAAGUCCUGGCUCUCAUUACCACCUAGAAGUAGGCCCUGUUUGCUUCCUGUGAGGCUGUGUCUUCCAAGCACAGAGGGAUGAAAAACCACCUCUGCAAGACACAUUCACAUAGGUGGAAAAUGGAGCAGUCUCCUCCAAACCAAACAAACCAUGGCCAAACACUGUCCAAGCAAGAAGAUACCACCAACCCUCAAACAGAUCCUGCUUCAGUCUGCCAAACUCCCGUUGGACUGCAAACACAGAGGGAGGAAGAACAGGGAGCCGGGGGUGCAAAGAAGAGCUGAGAAGGAACAGGGGAGUUCUUGCACUAAAAGCUUCUCAGUGUGGCAAAAGCUUCUUCAGGCUCUUCAAAAAGGAUCUUCUCAUAUACGUCUACUUGGAGAAAAUAAAGGCACCAUGCCACAAAAUCUCUCCAGAACAUUGCUAAGUGAAGGGAGACAAAGGCCAAGUUAAUCAGUGGACAUUGUAGUAACUUAUUUUUGUAUACAGUCUGUAUACUGUGUGUACUUUUUUUUUUUUUGGAAAUACCAGGAAUUCAAUAAUCUGGAUUAGUUCAAUGUACAUAUUUAUAUACAUAUGCUUUUAAUUAACUUUUAUACAUGUAUAUCUUAUGUAAAGAAAUAAUCUCUAAGUGCAAUAGAAAGCGAGAAGAUAAUUUGGUAUUUUAAACUUAUAUGGAAGGAUUUUUCAGGGGUGCCAUUUUUAUUUGCCUUUGGUGCUCAUCUCCUCAUGAUCUUGCAUAGGUGAAUCAAUCCAGAGGAAGAGUUGUUUGCUUAAAUUGAGCAGAAGUCACAUUUAUAUUUACUCCACUGGGAGAUUUCCCCAGUGUGGGGGGAAAACCAGUGGCACGCAGUCUGCCAUGAGUAAAUUACAUCCAAAGCCACAAGCCAAUACAUAUCCACGGGGGGUAUAUAAAAUACUUAGUGAACCAGAUGCCACUGAUGAUUAGGGAGAAUUUGGAUGGAGAUUAGGGGUCAGAUUUAGGAAGACUAUGGAGCUCUAGUUCUCAGUAGUGUUUCUCUAACUGUGGAGUGUCCUUGCUUCUUUAUUUAUCAUUGACAAUAAAAGGUAGGUGUUUUUAUUUAGUCCGCAUCAGUCAUAAUCUCUCUGAUAGCAGUCCUUAGAGGAGAACUGAGCCACAUGAGAGAGUAGUGGGGAUACAGGAAUUUGUAUUAGCCUCCAUUUAUAAGCCAGUCCUCUCUAAUUCAUGGUACUAUGUAAAUUGUUUAAGGUGCUAACUGUAGUGCUCUAUUUACAACACUGUGCUAAAAUAUCCUAAUGUUUAUAGUGUCUGCAUACUUCAAUUAAAGACCUGCAUAAAAUAUUGCCAUAGCUGUAUAAUGCACUAGAAUAUCCCAUCCAACACUACAUAGCUCCCUAAGAGUCAGCCAUCUAUUGUUUAUUUAAAACUGCUCAGUGCUGCAGUUUUAAGUGUAUUAGAGAGCUCAUUCUGAUUGGUGUGUUUUAGAGAUAACUAUAAAAAAUAACCCUGAUUUCUGCUUUUGUAUACCCAGAUAAAUCUCAGCAUUUUAAGGAAUUUUAAGACUUUUUUUUUUUUCUGUACAAAGCCCCUCCUCUCCCACAGCUGUAUGUAUUACGUUUAGAAACACAACUAACUAGUGGAGGUAGUUUUUAAUGGAAUAAAAAACAUUUCUUUGAUGUAGCUGGACACACAUGUGUAUAAUUGUGUAAACCUUGCUGUAUACAGUGGAUCCCCUCUUGCUAAUUUAAUGUUAUUUAAUGUUGUUAAUGUGGUUUCUGUUGGGUGAAGCAAUACUACUCUCUCUGACAACUUUAGAAAUCAGUUAUCCCAACUGGUCUUGGAGUUUAUAGAUUUGUUUUAUGUGUAAAUUUGGGACUCCAGAGAACAAAUUUAUUGCAAUGUUAAUUCUUUUAUUUUUGUAACUUUUGUUAUGUUCCUCUAUGAUAAUCAAACAUGUACUGUACCAGGACUGUGCUAUACUAUAACUCGUGUUUUAAAGAAUUAUGCAAAUAUGUGAAUUUUUUUUUUCCCAUUUCUUUUCUUUUUUUUGUAAAUCUGUUGUAGACAUUUAAAGAAGCUAAGAAUACCUCACAAUUUUACACAGGACUUGGAAAGGCAACUUUCUUUUGCCUUUAUAAUUAAAACCUAUUUGGAAAUAUCAGCCAAAUGCGGCAAGCAAGUCCUCAAACUCUGAAUAAGACGGUUUCUGGUGCCUUCAUCCUUUCUCUGUCUACUCUUUAGUCAUUGU